AUAACGCACUGAUAAGGUUCUCUACUGCCGAGCACUUAGUUUAAAAUGUUGCGGUUUGCAUUCCUCAGUGAGAUCAAAAUGACGACGGUAGCAGCUUGUUAUAUUUUAUUCGGUUUGCUGUUCAUCAAACAUGGAUCGCCAUGGCUUCUGGAUGAGGAUUGCGGGAUUGCGGUCAAUGUUGGCCCAAAAGUGAUGAAUGGAGUUUCUGCUGGGUACCUUGAGAAUCCCUGGAUGGCCCUAAUUAAAUCGCCGACCGAAUUUAUCUGUGCAGGAACGCUUAUUACUAGCCAAUUCGUCUUGACAGCUGCGCAUUGCGUUUUCAAGGGGAGAAAUAGCACUGAAAAUUACACUCAACUAACUGUUAGUUUGGGAGUUUAUAAUCGGACUGCGGAUAAGGAUAAUUACCACGAAGACUUUAAUGUUGUGACCUCUUACAUACGCGAUGGUUUUGAACAGUUAUCCGACGCGAAUGACAUAGCUCUGCUUAGGCUUCAAAGAAGAGUGGUUUACAAACACCAAAUUCGACCGAUAUGCAUUCAUUUGGAUUCCCGCCUUAAACCGACAUCGGAUGCCAUUAAGAAAUUCACAAUAGUCGGCUGGGGAAAAACGGAAACACGAAAUUCAAGUGACAUACUUCGAACGGCGGACGUCUACAGAUUGAACAAAAACCUGUGCUAUGAUUUACUUUGGCUUAACUUGACAGACUCACAGAUAUGUGCAGGCACAACGAAUUUGGUCGACACCUGUAAAGGUGACUCCGGAGGACCCUUGUACUCGAAAGUUUCAGACGGUGUCACAUGGCGCCAAACUCAAUUCGGAAUCGUUAGCUUUGGAGCCGAAGAGUGUGGCGGAAUGGGUGUGUACACCGAUGUUAUGAGCCAUGUCGACUUUAUAGAGCGAGUCGUCUUGGAAUCCGACAUUACCGUCUUACUUCCAAAGAUAGACUUGCUGGACGAAGGGUGUUUGGAUAACGCAAAAUUAGGAAGAAGAGCCAAGACCCCUCCAGAAACUUUCCCCUGGUUAGCCCAGGUUUUCAUGGAAUCUUUUGUGUUGUCCUACGGCGCACUUAUAUCCGACAGAUUUGUACUGACAACUGCCGAGCUAAUUCCUGAAGAAAUUCCAUUAAAGGUUCUUUUUGGGGAGAUCAGUGAAAGUAUUAUGGAUUUCUAUAAAGUUAGUUCUGUACACAAGCACCCAGAAUUCACGAGCUUGACUAGGAACGACAUCGCUCUGCUUGAAUUGGAGAAAAAAGUUCAGUAUAGUGAUUUGAUAAGACCGAUCUGUCUGCCUUCACCAACUAACAAGAAGGAGCAAGAAAAGUUCCAGAAGAAGGCUAAUCGUGCGCAGGAACUCACUGCCGUCGGUUGGGGCAUCCGGAGAUCAUCGAUGGUUCAGCGGGUUAGGUCUAGCGAAUGCUACCAGGAGAAUCUCCAAGAUAUCGGAGACAAGCAGAUCUGCAUGGAGCACCCCAAAUCUAUUACAUCGAACGUGGGCAGUGGCAGUCCCUUGGUUAAGCCUCUUUCCCACGGAAAUAGUAGGGCAUUCACACUCGUCGGAUUGGCCAGUUUCGGAAGGAUGGAAAACCACUCCCGAGAUGUGUAUACCAAUGUUUUGAGCUACGUGGAUUGGAUCGGAACUCUGGUAAAGAAGUAGAGUUUCUGAUUAUGGUUCUUUUAAUUUAUGAUGUUAACCUGAGAGUGCAUAUGUCUGUUAAUAUGAAAUAAAUAAAUGAACAAAAA